GUCCAUGAAUCAUCUUGACCAAAAGCUCCACCGCAAUUUCCUAUAGAGCCCCGCCAACACCUCCACAACUCCCCGUGGUCAGGGAAAAGAGCAGUACUGGAGAGAUGGAUGGCCGCCAUCUGCUGGGUGCCGCAGGAGCUGCGAGAGCGAACCAGAACAAUGCCAAGAUCGUCAAGAUGGCGGUGCCCGUGCUGGCCAUGCUGCUGCUGCUGGGCACGGCGGCGGCUGUCUCCAUGACGGCCGACGACCGGGCCUGCCUCCGCGCCAUCUUCGGCAGCCACAUGUUCCUGAUGUUCUGCGUGCUCGUGAACACCGCGUCCGGCUGUGCCCUGGCGUGGAUGGCUGUCACGGCGCCGACGCAGGCUGCCCGGCGCUCGUACGCGGAGUCCACCGUCGCGUCCUUCGUGCUUCUUGCCGUCAAUCUGCACUCAGCCUUGUCCAACCUCCCGGAUGUCAACGAUGCUGCCUAGCUUCGCUGCGCGCUUGUUGAUGUGCCUGCCGAAGGAUCGAAGACGGAUCAUUUUGGAGCUUGGAGAUGCGCCGUUUCAUUUCGGAGUACUAAGUUACUAGUAGAUGUUUGGAAGAUGUUUUAUGCCAGUAUCGUCGUUGUACCAGGGGACAUGCCUAUCUGGGCUUUUGUUGUUGUCUUCUUCGUCUGGGUUUUAGACUGUCUGUCUGCUUUAAGUGGGAUCCCUAGAAUCUACUCCCUCCGACCCAUAAAACAAGAGUGUUUUAAACAUCAGUGUAGUGUAAAAAAUACUCUUAUAUUAUGGGACAAAGGGAGUACGUAAUAGUAGUAUGAACUUCCAUUCGAAAGGGCUUGAAUUUGUUCAGCUGAAGCUUUGAACGUUUGGAUCUAUGUGAGUGAACGAACUUUGAUUUUCCGAA